AUGCUCAACUCCAACCGGUCUUCACAGAUUGCAAGAGCUCCACACGCAACUACGAAUGCUACUCAUAAGAGUCUUCACAUUGACUCAGGCUACAUCUCGGACGUGCUUGAAGAGCCAUCUACAAUACUACAUAUCGUCCCGAUUGAUUCGUCACCACCGGUCCAUGGCCUCGAAAUCAAAACUGUCCCCUUCGCCGAUACGAACUGGGAUUUCCCCGCCUCCGAACUCGCCGAAUCACCAACGCUACAUCUAAGCCUGGAGCGUAUCGAGGAUCUGAGUACCCCGGCCAAGCAACCGACAUGUUUUCCUAUCGUUCCUCUUGCCAGUACUUUAGCAAGGGCGGAAUCAUCAAGAACACGUCGAAGCCAGGAGCAUAUCGAGGGUCUGAGCACCCCCGUCAAGCGACUAAAAGGCUUUCCUAUCGUUCCCCUUGCAAGUACGUUAGCAAGGGCCAGAGAUGGCGACAAUGAUCCAGCUGGAUCAGAUGUAUCGCUAGCCGCAAGCGCUCUAGUCAAGGCUCCUCGGACACUCAAGCAGACCGAGGCUCGGGUCGCCGACAGGUAUGGUCGUACUCGCGCGGCGCGAAGGAUGUACACUUCCACCGACGCAGCGAAGCCCACUUCCGUAGCCAAAGCUAAGAACAACAAGAGGUCGAAGCGUAGUGGUGCGAAGCCGUCGAUAAUCUGA